AUGGGCAACGAAGGCAGCUCUCCCAUCGACGAGUCGAUCCCGCCAUCCACCCUCUCCGGCCGCACAAUCGAUGCGCUAGCAUCAUACAUCAAAUCCGGCCACUGCAAAAAAGUGGUCGUGAUGACCGGCGCCGGAAUCUCCACCUCAGCAGGCAUUCCCGACUUUCGCUCCCCAGAAACAGGACUCUACGCCAACCUCGCCCGCCUCAAUCUCCCCUACGCAGAAGCGGUUUUCGACAUCUCCUACUUCCGUGAGAAACCAGAGCCAUUCUACACCCUUGCCCACGAACUCUAUCCGGGCAAAUUCCGCCCGACGAUCACACAUUCAUUCAUCAAACUCCUCCAUGACAAGGGCCUACUGCUCAAACACUUCACGCAAAACAUAGACACUCUGGAUCGUGAAGCUGGCGUCCCGGGUGAUCUCAUCAUCGAAGCUCACGGCUCGUUCGCACGGCAGAGCUGCAUCGAGUGCAAGGCCUCAUAUCCGGACGACGACAUCCGUGAACACAUCAACGCAAAGACUAUACCACGGUGCUAUGAGUGUAAGGGCCUGGUCAAGCCGGAGAUUGUGUUCUUCGGCGAGCAAUUACCAGCCGAAUUCUUCGCCGCUCGAGGACUGCCUGCAGAAGCGGAUUUGUGUAUUGUCAUGGGCACGAGUUUGACAGUACAGCCGUUUGCGAGUCUGCCCGGGAUGUGCAGAGAUGACACGCCGAGGGUGUUGAUCAAUCAGGAGAGAGUGGGCGGUCUUGGAGGGAGGUCAGACGAUGUGCUAAUUUUGGGAGACUGCGAUGAUGGGGUGAGGAAAUUGGCAGAAGCGUGCGGAUGGACAGAGGAGUUGGAGGCCGAUGAAAAGCAGGACGCCCCAUGGGAUCUGCGUGGCCAGUGGUAA